AUGGCUCUCGUGGGGCAAGUAGGAGAAUAUAUCGACGGAAAAGAAGAUAUUGGCAGUUAUAUAGAACGAGUGGAAUUGUAUUUUGCGGCGAAUUACGUCGAAGCGGAUUACGAAGUUGCUACGUUUCUAGCGUUAACUGGGGCAGGAUGCGUGCGAAGGAAUUUGUUAGCCCCUGAACGUCCGAAAGAUAAGUCCUUCGAUGAGUUGAAAGAGCUUUUGGUUUCACAUUACUCGCCUAAACCUAUUUUGAUCGCAGAACGUUAUAAAUUUCAUCGUCGGAACCAGCAUGAGAGUGAAACGGUCGCACAGCUUGUAGUUGAGUUGAAGCGACUGGCGUUGAAGUUGGAACCUUUUUGGAAGAAGCGUUACGGGACCGUCUCGUUUGUGGAUUGAAAAGCGUGCAAAUUCAGAAAAAGCUGUUGGCAGAGAGAGACUUGACUCUUAAGAAAGCGUUUGAAACAGCACAAUCCAUGGAGUUAGCCAACAAAGAAGAUUUUCGAGACACCAGUGUACCAGUGGACGAUACCGUCAAUAAGGUCGGCAGGUAUGCCAGUUCAGGGCAUUCGACUGGAGACGCCGUGAGUUGUUUUCCUUGUGGUGGUAAGCAUUCUCCAUCAUGAUGCUAGGCCAGGUCGGUACAAUGUUACAAGUGUCACAAUAAGGGUGACCUUGCUAAGAUGUGCGAUAAGAAAGGGAAGAUACAAUCCAUGCGUUAUUUGGAGGUUGAUUCACCUAUGAGUACUACCGAAGAGCAGUCUGGACUGGGAUUGUACACUCUCAAGUCUAAAGGACAAGGUGGAUCUGGGUUUCAAGUUCAAUUAUUGUUAGAGGGUAAGCCAGUCAGCAUGGAAGUUGACACGGGAUCAGCGGUGUCCAUUGUCUCUAAGGUGGAGUAUAAGAAGUGGUUUAAGCAUCUCAAGUUGCAGCCAGCGUAG